AAUGCCAACUAUAAUGGCAGAAGCAAAGGAAAUGUAAAAAAAGAUGGGAUUCCUUAAUACUUCUGCCUUUCUACCGACAACAUUCUUUCUUCUAUCACAAUAUUUCAACCAUCCACUCUACCUACUUUCCUUUCAUUUCAUGCUUUUCUUUGCUUAAUUCAUGACUAUGCAGUGAUUGCUUAAUAGUUCUGCCUUUGUACCCACAACAUUCUUUCUUCUUCACUGUUUUUAAUUUGUUUUGAUCUGCAAGGUCUAUCACAAAAUUUCAAGCAUCCCGUCAAAGCUUUGUAAGAUAGUCAAGGAAGUCAACUUCACUGCUUCAUUUUCAGUUCUAAUCUCUCAACACAUUUCGGCCACUAAGUCAGGGGCAUAGCAAUGGAUUGGGUAGAUCCCUGUGUUAGCAUUGCAAAUUGUCUUGGACCUCCUGUUUGUAAAUACUUGAAAUAUCACAGAAAGGUGAAUGAUUAUGUGACAAACUACGGGAAGAUCAGAGAUGAAUUGAAUUGUAAAAUGGAAGACAUAGAGCUGCAAUUGAAAGCAGAGCUUCUUCCUUCUUCGGGGAAGAUACCAAAGCAGGGAGUUGAAAAUUGGUUGAAAGAUGCGAAAGAGAUGAUUGCGGAAGCACAGGAUGUGGAAAAUAAAGUCAGAAACGGGAGAUAUCUCUAUCGUGCUUGGAACGGAAAGCUGGUUGAUGAAAAGACACGAGAAAUGAAGGAAUUUCUUGAUAAAGCUCCUAAUGCCUCUGAAGGUCUUGCCCUUGAUGGUCGAAGUAGUGGGUUGCCGCUGCCAACAUCAGAACUAGUUGGUGAGAAAGCUGUGAGAGAUGAGAUUUGGACAUGUUUGAUGCAGGAGGAGGUGAGCAAGAUUGGGGUUUGGGGAUGGGCGGUGGGUAAAACCACUAUCAUGAAGCACAUCCACAACGAUCUUUUGAAAGAACAAAGGUUCGAAAGGGUAAUCUGGGUUACCAUAUCAAAAGAGUUCAAUGUAAUGAAGGUACAAGAUGAUAUUGCAAGUUCUUUGAAGUUGAAGGAAGGUUUGGCCAUAGAAGGAGACAAGCUCAGACGAGCUGCAAUCUUGUUAGAAAUGCUGAAUAAAGUAGGAAAGCAUGUUCUAAUCCUAGAUAAUGUGUGGAUGAAGUCUCUAGAGGAAGUUGGGAUCCCUGAGCCGAGUGGCAGCAAUGGCUGCAAGUUGGUGUUGACAACCCGUUCGGAGCAUGUCUGUAAGUAUAUGGGCUGCACGGUGAUAAAAGUGAAGCCCCUUUCGGAACAACAGGCAUUGACACUAUUCUUGAGUAAAGUUGGACCUAACAUAGUGCAAAAUCAAACUUUAAUGCCAAUUUUGAGGCUCGUUGUCAAAGAAUGUGCGGGUCUGCCUCUUACAAUUGUCGUCGUAGCUGGUACAUUGAAAGGAGAAGAGGACCCUCUUAUUUGGAAAAACGCACUCAGAGAAUUGAAAGAGAGAAUAGAAAAACUGGAAGGAGUGGAAGCUAAAGUGAUAGAGCGUUUGAAAUUUAGCUUCGAUCACUUAAAGGACGAGAAAGUGAAAUAUUGUUUCUUACAUUGCGCAUUAUAUCCUGAAGAUUAUGAAAUUAAAAAAGAUGAGCUAAUUGAGUGCUGGAUUGAGGAGGGAUUCAUAGAUGAUAUGGGUACAAGACAAGAAAUGAAAGACAAGGGCCAUGUUAUUUUGAAGAAGUUAGAAGAUAAUUGCUUGUUGGAAAAUGGCUCGAGUGGCUUUGUGAAAAUGCAUGAUGCAGUGAGAGACAUGGCAUUGUCGAUCACAAGAAUGAAUCCUCGAUAUAUGAUACAAGCAGGUUUGCAAUUAGAAGAGUUACCAGAAAAGGAGCAAUGGAGUUCGGAUAUUGAGAAAGUAUCGCUUAUGUGUAACUUCAUAUCAGAAAUUUCCAUAGAUGUGCUGCCCACAAAAUGCCAACUGCUCACAACCUUGUUAUUGCAGAACAACCCUAUAAAGAAGAUCUCAAUUUCUUUCUUCACAAACAUGCCUUGUCUUAGUGUUCUCAAUUUGUCUUCUACAAAGAUCGAGAGUUUACCAAAUUCCAUCUCUGAACUAAAGAACCUCACAACAUUGUUGCUUUGGGGCUGUUAUGAAUUAAGAGAUCUACCAUGUCUUUCGAUGCUUCAAGAAUUGAAGAAGUUGGAUCUUCGUUGGACUAAAAUUGAGGAAGUCCCUGAAGGCAUGGAUAUGCUGAUAAAGCUAAGAUAUAUUGAUCUUGGAGUGCGCACUCUGAAAGAGAUACCGCUGGACUUUUACAAAACUCGUUCACCUUCAGCACUUGAGUUUUGA